AGAGAUCAAAUUUGACGUCCAUUUCACAGUUCUUACGCUGACAGAUACAGAGUCACUAAAAACAUCAUAGUCAAGAAUGUCCGUGAAACUGUUAACCAUCACCCUGUUGGUCUUUGUGGUGUGUGUACAUGCUGGCAAAAAAAGUAUUGUCAAACGGGCCUGCCCAGCCAAUACGUUCACAUGUAGAGACAACAGUGGAUGUACUCUUAGCGUAUAUGUUUGCGAUACUGAGAGAGAUUGUCCAGAUGGUUCUGAUGAAUUUGGUUGCCCGACUGACUGUAGCCACCCCCACCAGUUCAAAUGUUCCAAUGGCAAGUGUAUCCCACAUAUCUACGUGUGCGAUGGCGACAAUGAUUGUGGCGACCAAAGCGAUGAACGUUGUCCCUCAGGUUAACUAUCGAAGGUCAUUACCUAUUGUUGGGCAUAGCGAGACUGCAAUUAUGUACAUGCUGAUCUUAUCAGUAUGACCCAGGAAUAUUUUUUGUUGUUGUUUUUUUUUCUUCUCCUGUUUAACAGUUACUAUCUGUUAAUAAAAAAAAAUGUUU